AUGCACAGACCUAAACCUCAUAUAAGAGUAAUGUAAGAAAAGGAAAUGUUAGAUGGAUAUAGUAGACUUUAGUAAAUAGGACCACUCAUAACAAUACCUAGAACUAUUGAUCGCAUACCAAAUAUGAAAAAAGUAUAGAUUUUAGAAGAUAGAUAUACUUAAAUUGAGAAAGAUAAUAGAUUGUUAUUAGAGAAGAUAACAAAUAUUAUGAAUAGUACAAAUAUCAAACUUGAUAAACCAAAGAGAAUAAGUAGCUUAAAUUCAAGAAAGAAAACUGAACAAGAUUAAAUAAGAAGAGAUAAUUUAAUAUUGUUUAAACAUAUCACUACAAAAAAAUCAUCAUAUUCAAAAUAAUAAUACGAUAAGGAGUGGAACUAAACAAAAUAAUAUUUUUAUAAUUUAUCUGGAUUAAGACCUUCAACAUAAAAAAAUAAGGGACUUAUCAGAUCCUUUGAAUUUUGA